AUGAGGCAUAUCUAUUCCGAGUUUUCCUCGUGGCGUCAGGAAGAGGACCCGCCAGAACGGCCUCUGUUAGACUACAAGAAGGAGAGCCAGAUUGGAGAACUAGAAGGAUCAAGAACUGAGGGGGAAGCAGAAAAAUUAUCAACUGAAAAGGAAGAAUCAAGUGAAGAGUCCGAAGAAGCAGAAUCAAGUGGAGAAGAAGGAGAGUCAUCGAUUGAAGAGUCUGAAGAAGACGAAUCAGAUGCAAAUGUUCAGGCUUUUCUUCGAUGUUGCUUCGAAGAAGACUCAGGUGAAGAAUACGUGAAUUCGUUAAGUGAAUCUGACCAUGAAUUAUCAGAUGAAGGCACAGAGGUAUCAUCAGACGAAGACAUAGAGGAAUCAUCAAGUGAAGACGACGAAGAAUCAUCGAAUGAAGAGAUUGAAAAAGAAGAAUCUGAUGAAGAGAAUGCUUAUCCUUUCCUUCAAUACUAUUUUGAAGAAGAAGACUCAGGUGAAACAUACGAGUACCAGUCAAAUGAACAAUUAAGUGAAGAUGAAGCAGAAAACGACGAAGAGACCCAGCUUGAAAGUGAACUAUCUGAGCUUAAAAAGGAAGUAAUUGGGACUAUAAAGAUGAAAUUCCAACAUGAGAAGAUAGAGUGCGAGCACAAUAUCUCUUGCCAUGAGCAGCAGGAUUACUUUUCCAAAAAUGCAUCGGUGUAUAACUGUGAGCUUUGCGAUAAAGCCUUCUCAACCCAAGGUUUACUCGACUACCAUUCUCGAGACAAAUUACUACACUUGACGUUUCCCAAUGAGAUGACCAAAGAAGAAAUUUCGCUCAAGCGGAAGAGGGAUACGAACGCACUCCAACGAUAUCGAAUGAAGCCCUUUCUUGAGUCUGGCAAGGAUGAAAGAUGGUCAAUCAUUGAGAAGCUCCUUAUUACAGAAUGUCGUCUUCGAUAUAACGCCCAGAAAGCGCAGCAUCUACGUGAAAAUAUCGAUGCUGAGCAAUCGGAAAAAUUGCAAGCGGAGAUCAAUGAGACCAGAAUAAUGUUUUGGAGCUUACAGGAUAAAUGGUGUUUAUACCGAAGCAAACUUAGAGGACCUGUCUCGAGAGCAUUUGAUCUCUGGCGGUCUAAUCCAAGAUGGUAUAUGCAUCAAACUCUCAUUAAAGAUUGCAAGGAAAGGCAGGGGUGCUGUUCUCGAGAAUGUGGAUGCUGCAGUGAGCGUCAGACUGGCCCAACUCAUGAGCCUGGAAUUGGACACUGCUCGACGGGAUGCAGAUGCUGUACCAAGGCGCGAGGAUUUGAGCACUCAGACAUCUCGGCCAAGACGUGCACCAAAAUUUAUCAGAAUUGGACUGAAAAAGUGACAGGUGAUCACGAAUACAUGUUGGCUUCUAUAUCAGGACUGUGUUAUGAUAGCCGAAAAGACAUAUUUGAUAUGAUUCAAGAGUCGUCAGACAUGAUAAAUGUAUAUGAAGAUAAGUGUGACUGGUCUUAA